UCUAGUUCGCGUUUGUUAUGUUUGGAAUAGAUUAUUUGUCUUAGUCUUUAAUUGAAACUAAAUAAGCUUAAUACGAAUAAGAAAUAAAAAAAAAACUAUUUGUACAAUAGUUUAAAAAUGACUCAAAGGGAACGCCGGUCUAAUGCUGGCAAUCGCAUGGCAAAGUUGCUUGAUGAGGAGGAAGAAGACGAUUUCUAUAAAACAACUUACGGCGGCUUCCAAGAAGUGGAAGAAGAUCGAGAUUAUAUACAGGAAAAAGAAACUGAGGAUGUCGUAGACUCCGAUUUUGAUAUUGAUGAAAAUGAUGAUCCAGUUUCUGACCAUGAGACAGAUGUAAAAGAAAAGCGUAAAAUUAAUACCAAAGGCUAUAAGGAUCCUAAUAGAAAAAAGAAAUUGGAAAAAACAAAGAAGGUUCUGACAAAAAAACCAAAAGAACCUAAACUAAAGGAUGAUUCGGAGAAAACAGAAAAAGUUGAAAAGUCAUUCUUCGAUACUUCUAUAGAGAGAAAAUCAAUAAGGCAGAGCACAGCAGUGAAAUCAGCGGAAACCCAACAAAGAAUUAAAAUAAGAUCAGAAUUAAAAAAGAAAAAACCGAAAAAAGUGGAAGAGAGAGUAUUAACUCAAGAAGAACUGCUUGAGGAAGCACUUAUUACUGAAAAAGAAAAUUUGAAAAGCUUAGAAAGAUUUGAGCAAAGUGAAUUAGAGAGAAAAAAGAUCAGACCGAUUAAGAAAUCUAUUACUGGACCAGUUAUAAGAUAUCAUUCGUUCUCAGUACCGCUAAUAACAGAAAUAACUCCCGAGGAGAAAACUUGUAUCACACCAAUUACGGAUAUCAACCUCAGUGAUAUAAUAAAAAGUGAAGAAGAUGGUUUUUUUUCAGAUUUACUUGGUCAAGAUCUGAGUGACUCCAAUACACUAACUGAAGCAAAGACUGAGACGGAGGAACCCAAAGGCGAAACAAGUAAAAUGGAUGUGGACUUUGUCGGACCAGACGAAGAGAUCAGUAUUGAAAAUGUCACUAUGAAGGAAGAAAAGCCAGCAAAGUCAAAGGAAUGUAUAAAAUAUCACGAAAGAACGUUAAUUUCUUUUGAAAAUGAUUUAAAAAAUAAAGCAUUCAACGCUUGCUUCCCACAAAAGAAACCGAAGAGACGAAGGGAAUUACUAUGCGCUGUUACUAAACGCCCCGCCCGCUACAUCGACCCCAUAACGAAGCUGCCGUACCGCAGCGUGGACGCGUUCCGCAUCAUCCGCGAGGCGUACUGCCAGCAGCUCGAGGCGCGCGCCGACCGCAGCGACCCGCGCCUCGCCGCCUGGCUGCGCGCGCGCCGCGCCUCCGCCACCUCCGCCUACGUGCAGAUACACAUCAAGUAGAACGUGCAAACAUACAUACAUCCCGCUACCUGACUUUUAUUUCCCCCACCACCCCGCUACGCGCAAUUACGGUUUUAUCCCAUGCAACUGUAUGAAAGACAAUCAUUAUAUAAAUUUUGUCCGAUUACAGAAUAUUUUUAUCAUAUAAUCAUUUAAUUAUCCAUAUAUGGAAGCCUAUACCAAAAUAUGUUUUUUUAUGUGGUGAUCGUUUGAAGGGUAUAAAAAUAUGCAACGCCAUCUAGCAGCGAGUUAUAACAAAGAGGAUAUUUUAAGAAAUCAAAAAAUCAGUUACAUAAAAAUAC